GCCACAUCAUCAUGAAGGCAACAGUUCUAUUGACUUUGCUGCUGGGUUGCCUAGCGGCGACUCUGGCCGAUGAUGCAGAAAUCCAGAAGACAGUGGCCAGUUGCAUGAAAGAAAACGGGGUUACACCGCAGGAAGUCGCCGACCUAAAGUCGGGGAAAACCAAGCCAGAGGACAUCAAGGAUAACGUCAAGUGCGCCACGCAGUGCUUGUUCGUGAAGAGUGGCUUCAUGGAUGCCAAGGGCGCCUUGCUGACCGAUGCGGUAAAUCAGCACUUUGCCGACACGCCCAUAAAGGAUGAUGUGGCGAAGGCGAUGGCAGCCUGCGGCAGCGUGACAGGCGCCAAUCCCUGUGACGCGGCAUUCCAAACAAUGAUCUGCAUACAGGAACACGGCAAAGGCUUGGUUAUAUAGUGAUCACAGCACCAAAGUCCGACACGACCUUUUUUAUUCCUCCCAAAUAAAGUUAAGCAUGAGCAUACAGAAGGAACAAUUUUCGUCCUAAAAUGUAUACCAUGGUUCACUACAGAGACUCAGAUAAUUAGCCAAUUUAUUACCCAACUAUGUAACAAAAAAAGAUUCCAUCGACCUAAAGUGUGUAGUUUUAUAAAGGCAACAUAUCUGACAAUAUAUCUAUUAAAAUUGAGCGACUGCUCACAGUAGCGCA